AUGAAAUUUAAGUCAUCACGUUAUAACGUCGGGUAUCCGAUCUGUGGUGCCAAAUUCUUGAACAAUUCCCUAUUAUUAGUAGCAGGUGGCCACUAUGAAACAGAUAAGAUCACAAUAUUACAAAUUGAUUUUACAAAGAAGAAAAUCGUGAAAAGAUUUAGAGAAAUCACUUUGGAACCAACAGAUAAUGCCCCCACCACAUUAGAUUCUCAACAAAACUUGGUCCUUAUGGGUUGUAAUGAAAACUCUCAAAAGAUUCAAUCCGGGCUUGGAAACCAUCACAUUAGAAAAUUCAUUUUUGAAAAUGAGCAUUUAAGAUAUGUGGCGAGUGUGGAUUUUGAUAGAUCUAAUGAUCCAUCACAAGCUACAAAAUUCAUAACAAUUGCUCCUGAUAUGUCAAUUGCAAUUAUCGCAUCUUCCAAUAUUCCUACAGUAUUGAAAGUCAUUGAUCCAAACAUGUUAAUCGAAAGAUUUGAAAUUGAAACAGGAAGAGAAGUGAAAGAUGUAGGGUUUUCUCCGGAUAGUAAAUUAGUCGGAUACAUCACUGAAUCUACUUUAGAAGUAUUCUCUACCUUAACGGGUAGAUUUGUUUCAAGGAAAACAGAUUUUAACCAAACUUGGACUUUGUCAAACGUAAAAUUUCUAAAUGAUAAUGCAAUCAUUAUUGUCGGUUCCUUGAAAAAUUCAAAAGGAAUUGUUUUAACCAAAAUCUCUUUGAAAGACGACACCGCGUCAAUUGAUGAAACAAAGAAAAUAUCCAAUUCAAUAAGCUCAGUGACUUCCAUGGAUAUCGCACCAACGGGCAACUUAAUCGGUUUAUCAACAAAUGAUAAUUCAUUGAUUUUACUUAGAUUAAAUGGGUUUAAAAUCCUUCAUAUAUUUAAGCAAUUACAUGAACAACCUAUAACAAAAGUUUCAUUUACACCAGAUUCUAGACAUGUUGCAACUGUUUCUUCCGAUUGUAAAACAACCGUGGUGGAAUUACCUCCAAACUUGGGAAAAUUAAGUUCAUUCUUUAGUAAAUUGAAAAAGCUUUUCUUAAACUUAAUCAUGGUUGUAUUAUUAGCGUAUCUUGCGCAAUUAAUCUACAAACACAAUUUACAUCAAAAGACUUACGACUAUAUCCUUGAGAAGUAUGUAGCCCAACGUGAUAGCUCCGCUUAUUUCAAUAUCAAUGAUGGCGUAGAAACGUCUAUUAUCCAAGGGGAUAUUGUAUCAGUAAGAUCUGUUACGCAUCCAUUGGAUACUGAAAAUACCAUUAUUAAUACUUCCGCAUUUGAUACAUCAACUGAAUCGUCUCCAAUAUGGUUGACCUUAACAACAGAAACCACCGAAACCGUUCCAACUUUCAUAUCUCCCACUACUAUUCCAUCUUCCAAAAAAGAACGAAUUGGUAAGCCAAUAUCGGCUACCACAACAAAGGAAACACAAAAUAAUAUAGAAAAACUAAAGAGAAUGAUGAAUGAUGAAUCAUCUGUUGAAUCACCUUUGACUGUUGCCAGCGAUAUGUUACGAAUGUCAAUCGCCCCAGUUUCCAUUAAUAUUGAAAAUACAGAAAAUAAACAAGAAACAGAGCUAGCUACAACUGAUACUUUUAUAGAAACUACCACUACCACUACAACUCCACUUGCAGCAGCUACUACAUUCUCACAAAAAAAUGUGAUAAGCACUACUUCUACAGCAGCAGCGUUUACUGUAUUAGAUACUAUAACUGCUUCACAUUCUUCUGCAUCAAUAACAGCCCCAUCCUCGAGUAUUAUAGCAACAGAUUCCUCAAGUACUACGACAUCGGAGUUUUCCAGCUCACCUAAACACCUCACAUACUCAACGCCUACUUUUCUAUCCUCAAACUCUUCCGAUGCAUUCUGUACAUCAACUCAAACAUAUCUCUCAUCAUCUAUCACCCCUAGUGAGAGCAUAGAAUCGUCAAGUACUAACUUAACAAAAAAAACUGAAAUGUUAGUUAAUUCCACAUCUAUACUUGAGGAUCUUACUACGGAGGUAACCAUUUUGCUCGAAUCCGUACAGUCUCCUGAAACAACCCUAUCAUCAUCUACACCAUCAGAACAUGCGUCUGUCCUUACAUCUCCGAUUUCAAAUACGUCAAUUAUUGCAGACAUUGAUUCAGUAACCUCAAAUACAUCUACUCCUUUACCUAUCUCCUGCACGUCAUCAAGCUCUAUAGAAACGGCCACAUCUGUUGAUGUACCUGUCUCCUCCACGUUAUCAAGUUCUACAGACACCGUCACGUCUCCAAUCCUAAGUUUUGAAAUAUUGGAAUCACCUAAAGAAACCGUCAUAUCCUCAACUUUAAGUUCCGAAGUAUUGCAAUCGUCAAUAAAAUCCGCUAAUGUUUCUAGUUCCAUCACAUCUUCAGCUACAAUCCUAUCGUCAGAAUCUUCUCAAGCAAUCAACACUACAUCUUUUAUGCGGUUCACGGACGAGACGCUGGACGCUCCGAUCCCGAUUAUCACAUCCACUUCUUUAACUACCAUUAAGACUGCUAAUGUCAUAAAGGCAUCAAUAUCAUCAGAGGCAGAUGUUUUCCCAACAGCUGGAUCCUACACUGAAACAGCAGUCUCCAACUACGUAGCAACCUCAUUCGAGGAGCCAUUGACCAAUACAUUCACUGAACAAAAGAUCAGAACUACUACUGCUAAUCUUCAAGAGACAGUUGUGCUGCGUACGAUAUGGAUUGAUGGAUCUUGGUACAUGUAUGAAGAAGCUACAUCUGUAACAAUAGAACAUCCCACAAAAACUGAAACGUUUGAAUUGCAAGAUGUCCCAACCCCAUUCAAUGAAUCAACCUUAAACAGUACAGUGGCAGAUAUGGUAUCAUCAUUAAACUCAAUUGCUGAAGAAACAGUUCCCUCCCCUGCAUCGCUUUCUACAACAGAAUCUUCAACAAGUACUGAAACUGUAGUAUCUACAACUCCUGUUACCAAUGUCACUCAAAUGGGUACUCCCCUAUCUACAAAUGUUUCAUAUACAGACGACGCUGAGAAGGUGAAUACGCCAGUCGGACAAGAGAUUACUUCCAUAGAUGAGAUGCCAAGUGUUAGUUGCAUUGAAUCCAUGACGACUACAUCAAGUCCGCUUUCCGAUGAAACGAUUUCUGACAAUCCUAGUACUCUGAUUCAAGAAAAAUUAUCUUCAAGUGAUAAAAUCUCUAUUGUAACUGAAAUAACAGAAAAACCAACUCCGAUACUUGAAGAAAUUUCUGAAACUAGAAUAGAUGAAGCUACAUCGGGAUCUGUGACAGAUACUAUAGCUCACGAUGAAUUAUGA